UUUUACUCGGGCUAUUACGGUAGUGGCCCUUGGUCUGCGGACCACGCCCCCUCAGUUCAGCCACUGUCUAUCCAGGAAAAAUAGAGUUGUCACACUGCAAACUGUCCUCCUGUUGCUGUGACUGACUUAAGACGCAACUGACAGGAGGCCGGGGAUCAGAUUACUUUGUAGAGAUCUUCUCAGCAUGUUGCCUCAACACCUGAAGCAGAUCCGAGUCCUUAUGCUCAACGACAAGGAGAAUUUAGAGAGGAACCUGUUCAGACUUGAACAAGGUUUUGAGCUCCAGUUCCGCCUGGGUCCAAGCCUUCAGGGGAGGAGGGUUAUGGUACACACCAACUAUCCACUUGAAGGACAGAAAUUUGAACGAAACAACUUCCGUGUUUUGGCGUGGAACUACCCAGCAGGAAGGGAGGAUGACUCUGAUAAGUUCUGCUCUCUGGACCUCAAGAUAGCUGGGUCCUAUCAGUACUACUUUGGAUAUGGACACACGGAGCGGUCAGGAAGCGGAUACAUCGUUGUCGACCCAGUCCUUAGUGUUGGAGCAGACAAUCACGUCCUCCCAUUAGACUGUAUCACCAUCCAGACCCACCUGUCCAAAUGUCUGGGACACUUGGAUGACUGGCCAGAUAGACUGAGAGUAACCAAGGAGUCAGGAUACAACAUGAUCCACUUCACGCCUCUGCAGACUCUAGGAGAGUCCAGGUCCUGUUACUCUUUGGCAGACCAGCUGACCUUUAACCCUGAGUUCAGCCCAGAGGGUCAGAGCUACAGCUGGGCAGAUGUGGGGGCGCUGGUGGAGAAGUUAAAGAAAGAAUGGAACAUGCUGUGUAUUACAGAUGUGGUGUAUAAUCAUACUGCUGCUAACAGUGUGUGGAUCAAAGAACAUCCAGAGUGUGGUUACAACCUGGUGAACUCGCCCCACCUGCGACCAGCCUGGGUCUUAGAUAGAGCUAUCUGGCAUUUAACCACCAGAGUAGCAGAAGGGCGCUACAAAGCUAAAGGACUUCCUGCUGACAUUACCAAUGAAACUAAUCUGAAUGCCAUCCGUACUGUGCUGUGGCAGGAUGUGUAUCCUCAAAUCAAACUGUGGGAGUUCUACCAGGUCAAAGUGGACAAUGCUGUGGAGCAGUUCAGAACCCUGCUACAAAAUGGCACCAAGCCAGACCAUAGUAAGACUGGCGGGAAGAAGGGCCUGAGGAUCAUUCAGGACCCAAAUUACCGUUGUUUUGGCAACACAGUGGACAUGGACUCUGCUCUGGAGACAUUUGUACCUCACAGCUCGUCCCCACAUCACAUCGAGGAGUGCUGUGGUUGGCUGAGACAGAAACUGAACGAGCUAAAUGAAGAACAGCACCACAUCAUGCACCAGCAUCAGGAGCAGGCUGCCAACUGCAUUGUGGGAAACGUAGCGUAUGAGCGUCUGGCAGACCACGGCCCCAAACUUGGUCCUGUUAGCAGGAAAAACCCUCUGGUUACCAGGUAUUUCACCUUCCCAUAUCAGGACAUGACUCUGGAGCAGGAGAUGCAGCUACUGGACCAGCCGGACAAGACGUGUCACUUCCUGGCUCACAACGGAUGGGUGAUGGCCGAUGAUCCGCUGCGCAACUUUGCUGAGCCAGGCUCCAACGUGUACCUGCGUCGGGAGCUGGUAUGCUGGGGUGACAGUGUCAAACUCCGCUAUGGCAAUGGGCCUGAGGACUGCCCAUACCUGUGGGCCCACAUGCAGAAAUACACUGAAAUCACAGCCAAAUAUUUCCAUGGAGUCAGACUGGACAACUGCCACUCUACACCAUUACAUGUAGCUGAGUUCAUGCUGGACGUGGCCAGAACAGUUUGUCCUAACCUGUAUGUGGUGGCUGAACUGUUCACCGGUAGUGAGGAGCUCGAUAAUAUCUUCGUAACCAAGCUAGGGAUCACAUCGCUCAUAAGAGAGGCCAUGUCGGCUGGUGACAGCCAUGAAGAAGGCAGAUUGGUCUAUCGUUACGGAGGCGAGCCAGUCGGAGCUUUUGUUCAGCCCAGUCUCCGCCCUCUGAUGCCCUCCAUUGCCCACGCCAUGUUCCUUGAUGUAACCCAUGACAACGAGUGUCCCAUACUGCUGCGUUCAGCACUGGACUCCCUCCCCAGCUCUGCUAUGGUCUCUAUGGCUUGCUGUGCUACUGGUUCUACCAGAGGAUAUGAUGAAUUAGUGCCGCAUCAGAUCUCUGUGGUGAAGGAGGAGCGUUUUUACCCCAAGUGGAACCCCGCAGCACCCCCCACCUCCACUGGUGAGGUUGGAUUCCAGACUGGCAUCAUAGCUGGGAAACUGGCACUCAACAAGCUGCACCAGGAACUGGCUGCCCAGGGAUUCAUUCAGGUGUAUGUAGACCAGGUUGAUGCAGAUAUUGUUGCAAUUACACGUCACUGUCCCAGCACACACCAGUCUGUGGUGGCAGUGUGCAGGACAGCCUUCUGGAACCCCAAAAUCCACCAGUAUGACACCAACGUCCCACCCAUGUUCAUACCUGGGAAGAUAGAGGAAGUGGUACUGGAGGCAAGGACAGUGAAAAGGCAUGCUGGGAGUUAUAAAAAAGAUGACAACUACAUCAACGGCAUGCCAGAAUACACUGUGGAAAUAAAAGAGCAUAUACCGUUACAAGAGAGUACGGUGGUGAAGCAAGCCGGAGUGACAUCAAAAGGUCGAUCAGAGUUUGUGCAGGAAAUCACCUUUCAGAAGUUGACACCUGGCAGCAUCAUUGCCUUCAGAGUUAGUUUGGACCCCAAGGCCCAGAAACUGGUGGGGGUGCUGAGAUAUUAUCUGUCCCAGUUCAGCCCAAAAUACAGGAGAGGCAGUGUAGCAGAGGAAAACCCACCAGAAGCACUGCAGAAACCCCUGGCACAGCUGAUGUCUAAGCUGACGUUAGCAGACCUGAAUGUCCUGCUGUUUCGCUGCGACUCAGAAGAACAAGAAGAUGGUGGAGGCUGUUACAAUAUCCCAGGAUGGGAGAGCCUCAAAUAUGCUGGACUACAAGGUCUGAUGUCAGUGCUGGCUGAUAUCCGUCCCAACAAUGACCUGGGCCAUCCUGUGUGUGCUAACCUUAGACAAGGGGACUGGCUGAUAGAGUUUGUCUCCAACAGACUGACACACAGAGAGGGACCACUGGCACAGGUGGGUCAGUGGUUGGGAGCCAUGUUCGACUACUUAAAACACAUCCCUCGCUACCUCAUUCCCUGUUACUUUGAUGCCAUCCUGGUAUCAACCUACACCACAGCCCUGGACACAACUUACAAACUCAUGUCGAGUUUCAUCCAGAAUGGCUCCAGCUUUGUUCGUCACCUGGCGCUGGGUUCAGUUCAGAUGUGUGGUGUUGGACGCUUUCCUGCGCUCCCUCCCCUUUCUACGAAAAUUGAGGACGUUCCCUACCGCAUCAGUCCAAUCACAGGCCAGAAGGAGCAGUGCUGUGUCUCAUUGGCUGCAGGUCUUCCUCAUUUCUCCUCUGGGAUUUUCCGUUGCUGGGGCAGAGACACUUUCAUCGCUCUCAGAGGACUGAUGCUGCUCACUGGGAGACACACUGAGGCUCGUAACAUCAUCCUGGCCUUUGCGGGGACAUUGCGUCACGGUCUUAUCCCCAACCUGCUGGGUGAGGGUUGCUGUGCUAGAUACAACUGUCGUGAUGCUGUGUGGUGGUGGCUGCAGUGCAUCCAGGACUACGCUACCCAAGUUCCUCAAGGGCAUGAAAUCCUUCGCUGUCCUGUCACACGGAUGUACCCUACUGAUGACUGUGAACCCUGCAAACCUGGGGAGGUGGAGCAGCCUCUGUAUGAUGUGAUCCAGGAGGCUCUGCAGCGCCACCUGGAAGGAAUUUCCUUCAGAGAGAGAAAUGCUGGACCCAAGAUAGACAUGAACAUGAGAGAUGAAGGGUUCAACGUGGUUGCUAAGGUGGAUCCACACACAGGAUUUGUGACUGGAGGAAACCGCUUUAACUGCGGCACAUGGAUGGACAAAAUGGGAGAGAGUGAGAGAGCACGGAACAAAGGCAUGCCUGCUACUCCAAGAGAUGGAGCAGCAGUGGAGAUAGUUGGUCUCAGUAAGUCAGCUGUUCGCUGGGUUGUGGAGCUCCAUGCCAAAGGACUGUUCCCUUAUGAUGGAGCUAAAGUACACAGAGAUGGUAAAGAAGCGUUUAUCUCGUACUCCCAGUGGAACCAGCAGCUCCAGCAGUCCUUUGAAGCAGGUUACUGGGUGUCUGGGGCCCCAAAUGACCCUAAUGAGAAGCACCAUGAUCUGGUGCAUAAGAAAGGCAUCUAUAAAGACAGCUAUGGAGCCUCCAGCCCCUGGUGUGACUACCAACUGAGACCCAACUUCACUAUUGCCAUGGUGGUAGCUCCAGAGCUGUUUACAGUGGAGAGAGCCUGGAAGGCUCUGGAGAUGGCUGAGAAGAAACUACUGGGACCACUGGGAAUGAAGACACUUGACCCUGAUGACAUGGUGUACUGUGGUGUCUAUGACAACGCUCUGGACAACGACAACUACAACCUUGCAAAAGGCUUCAAUUACCACCAAGGACCUGAGUGGCUGUGGCCGGUAGGCUACUUCCUGCGUGCUAAACUCUACUUUGCCAAGAAGCUGGGAGAAGAAACCUAUGCCAAAACAGUCACCCUGGUGAAAAAUGUUCUGUCACGACAUUAUACCCACCUGGAGAGGUCUCCAUGGAAGGGUCUGCCAGAGCUGACCAAUGAGAAUGGCCAGUACUGCCCAUUCAGCUGUGAGACCCAGGCAUGGUCUGUGGCCACUGUGCUGGAGGUCCUCUAUGACCUCUAAAUGGUCGACACCUUAUACCCCCUGAUGUGAUGCUGUCUUACUUCGUGUCUUGAAGUUUCACUGAAGAGGAAAGUCACUUUCAAACCCAAAGCUGGCUUUGAGUAGAAACACACAGAAAGCAGCAAGGCCACCAACACUUCCCACACUCAGCCUUCAGUGGGCAGAUCCACUGAGCUGUCAAUCCAAAUGCAGUUUACUGCUGAGUCCACUGUUGUUGCUAUUUCAGUUAACAGUGAUACAGAUUGGUGCGGGAGCUGCCUCUAAUUGGAUGCUUCAAACUACAUUUAUUUACAAUAAAUAUAUGACAGAAUCUCUGGUGUGAUUUCCCUCAUCUUUCAGGUCACAGUUGAUCAUUUGAACUUUGCCAUUCGCACUGCCCUUCUAUUGCCCCCAACUAUCCUAUCAGGCUCCUCAUGAAAGAUUUUCUGCCGCUCAUAGAAAAUGAACGGGAGCUCAGAGCUCUGCCGAACUCACUGUUCUGUGUGUUUCUACCCUUAGUCUGUAAAUGAUCAGGUCUCCCAGUGGACCUCGAAGACUUUACAGCUCACAGCAACAACUUGGGAAUGUUUGCAAGUUAAAACAUUUAAUUUCACUUGGUUGCUUCUGAUGACCUUUAAUCCCCUUAUCUGAUAUUCAUUUUAGUUAAUGUAGAAACCUCAGAUUUUUACUGUCUUUCCCUUAUGACAUAAAUGCAGCAUACUUCCAGGUUCAGCCAUAAUUUUAAAUAAUUCUCAGACACGUUUGUCACACUACUAGUAUUAAUAUCAACAAUAGUUUUUUGACAUUUUGUUGUCAUUUUCUUGACCUGAACAACUUACAAACCUUUUAGAUAGAGAGCUCUUCUUAAAAGGCUGGAAUGGUACUUCAAGGCCAACAAAGCAUUCGGUUCAGAAUGUACAGUAAAAAUUGUAAAAUUACAUUUAAUCAAAUUCACAGAAAGACAAGUCAGUCAAUUAAACUGAUCCCAGCCCUUUGGUGUUGAUGUGUACAUCAACAAAAAUGUGCAGAACAUACUUUUUUGCUACCUACUUUUACUUUUAUUUAGUAUAAAAAAAUGUCUUUCAUACUGAAUUCAAAUAACCUGUCAGUGUGCAAUUGCAUCUUGAAUCCUACCUCCUGACUGUCACAGCCCAACCUGGCCUUAUGUAACCUGUCUAAACAAGUGACCUAAACACCUUUUGUCACCAUAAGGUGACUGAUUACAAGCUGUAGCACCAGUGAUGUACAUAGUUCUCAAAGCUGUUUAAAAUCUAUACUUUAAAGGUCCUGUUCCAUAAAGCAUACAGUACUAAACCAUCCACCUGAUACCUUUAUACACAUAAUAUAAAAUAGAUAUCCUGCAAAUGGUCUUCCAGCUGUUUCCCAUUUCACCACAUUUUCUUCAUAAGCCUUAUGAUGUAGUUUUCAACUUAUUAUGUCAUUCAACUGUGUAUUAAUGUUCAACCAGUUUUGUGCAUGCACAUUGUUGUUUGAGUAGCAUGUAGCUGCUUUGUGUUUCCAGAGGUUUCUAAAGCAGUUUCCUCUGGGGUGUAACCAUGUUGUAGAUCUCUGCUGAUGGCCUUCCUGUCUUAUAGUCUCCUGCUGUAGAUGUUACACAUGGCAAAUGUUUAAGCAACAUGACACAUCAGUAUUCCUCUCCAAAAGAAGGUAUCUGGUGAGUAGAACUGCAACAGAAGAUAUACAGACAUGCUAGGAAAAGUCACUGUGUGUAUCUUAACACUUGGAUAUGUUUGAAGUCCAGUGUCACUGGUGUUAAUUGUUGUCUUUAAUCCUUGUGUUUUAAAAUGAUCCUGCCUUAAACACAACACAUCAUCUAGUCUCUUUGGAUUCUUGUUUCCUAAGAGAUAAGCCUAAAUGAACUCCUAACGUUUCAAGUCCUCACUCAGUGUGGUAGCUGCCAGUAUUUGGAGGAGUGCCACCUGGUGUAUAGAAUUCUCACAAUAAUUAAUUAUUGUGAGUAGUUUCAUAAUUAAUUUACUGCUGGCCAGCAGGGCCAAUGGAGAACCAACUAUUUUAACAAAGUGAUAUCAUGUCUCUACAAUCAUACAGUCCAGUCAUGUAGAAUAGUACAAAGCCCUGUGAAUGAAAACUGCAUGUUAGUUUUAUUAAAUAGUAUUAACGGAUCUACUGGAUAAAUACUGGUGUAAACCAACCCACUGUCCCACUUGACAUACAUAUGUGUGUACCUGCCGUUUCAUCAGUGUGUCUGUGGUCUGUAAUGUUGUUGUUUACUCUGUUUGCAUAGUGUUACAGUUGCCAUAGGCAGUUCAAUGCUGAAUAAACUGUUACAUGACUUGGC